AUGUCCCUUCCAAGCUACCAAGGCGAGGUGCCAGGCGAUGGAAGCUCAACCGGUAGUAGUAACGUCCCACAGCCACAAAGGAGGAGUAUAAUCACAGACUUGAUCGAGGACGAGGAUAAAUCUCGAUUCGGAUCACCUGACUAUCAGGAGGACUGGACAUCCCGGAAGAAUCUGGAUGACUUCAAUUUUAUGGGAGAUGCUCACCAAGAGCUUAGUCCAACUUUUGAAGAUUCAAAAGUGGCUAGCUGGGACCUUAACGAUUUUGCAUCUUCGAAAUUCUUCCCCAGUAUUGAUAAUGAUCCUAUUUUUCAAUCGAUGCUGGAAGGGAAGAAGGAAGAGGAGGCGCGGUUGAAAGACAAAGUCAAGGCGUUGUUACUGCAGGUGAAGGAUCAAAAGACAACACUCGGACUUGACAACCCGGAGACGCUUGCCAGCAUGAGCAACCUAGCGGAUGCAUAUAAAAGCCUAGGCCAAUUCGACAAAGGAAACGAGCUGGAAGCAGAGAUUGUUCAAAUUUGCAGAGCUCAAUUCUUUACUUCAUCUCAGCAACAGCCCCCCGCCGAUCCCGGUCCGAGUAAUAUGGUGUCCACAGAGGACCCCCCAUUGCUUCUUCGAUCUCAACGUCGAGAGUUUGCCCUGUCCGCACCUCUCUUCCGACCCUUUCACACGCAACGCGGCGCCAUCGCGACGACGCUGCCUGCACCACCUGCCACGAUGAGCGGAGAAGGAAGCUUCACGGAGAAGGGCGAGAAGAAUGCCUCCUACGGCGCUUCUCCCCCGCUCGAAGCCGGCACUGUCGAUGUCCACACGGAGGAGCCGGGCAAGCUGCACCGCAACCUCAAGGGACGACACAUGCAGAUGAUCGCCAUUGGCGGUGCGAUCGGCGCAGGUCUCUUCGUCUCAACAGCCAGUGCCUUUGCAACCGGAGGACCCGGCUCGGUGCUCGUCGGUUUUAUUAUCAUUGGUGGCAUGAUAUGGCUGAUGAUGCAAGCCCUGGCUGAGCUGUCGGUGCUGUACCCCGUCAACGGCGCGUUCACAAUGUACAUUUGCCGCUUUAUCGACCCCUCUUGGGGAUUUGCCUGUGGGUGGCAAUACGGCAUCAGCUGGCUCACCGUUCUCCCCUUUGAGAUCUCGGCCGCUUGCAAUAUUAUCCACUACUGGAAAGAUGUGGAGAACGUGAAUGACUGCGCCUGGAUCAUUCCAUUGCUCGUCGCCCUUACCGUCAUCCAGUUUUUCGGAGUCAAAGGCUACGGCGAGGUCGAGUUCGUUCUCAGUGCCAUGAAGGUGGCCGCCUGCACUGGCUUCAUCCUCCUCGGAAUCAUCAUCGACUGCGGUGGUGUGCCGACCGACAACAGAGGCUACCUCGGUGCCAAGUACUGGCAUCAUCCUGGCGCUUUCAUCCACGGUUUCCAGGGGUUCUGCAGCGUCUUCGUCACCGCUUCGUUCUCCUUCAGCGGCACCGAGCUGACCGGUCUUGCGGCUGCCGAGGCCGAGGACCCGAAGAAGGAAAUUCCCAAGGCCACCAAGCAGGUCGUCUGGCGUAUCUGCAUCUUCUACAUUGUCAACCUCUUCCUCAUCGGCCUCAUCGUUCCUGCCGACUCCCCGCUGCUGAGCGCUGCCGGUGCCGAGAGCCGUCACUCGCCCUUUGUCGUUGCCAUCCAGCUGGCCGGCAUCAAGGCCCUUCCGUCCAUCUUCAACGCUGUCAUCCUGAUUUCCGUGCUCAGCGUUGCCAACUCCUGCACCUUUGGCUCUACCCGCACCUUCCAGGCCCUGGCUCAGCAUGGCAUGGGCCCCAAGACCUUUGCCUACGUUGACAAGAAGGGCCGUCCCCUUGUCGUCACCGUGCUGCAGCUCCUCUUCGGCUGCCUGGCCUUUAUCAACCUGGACACGUCGGGCGGUGGCAACAUCUUCACAUGGCUGCUGUCGCUGUCCGGUCUCUCGUCCUUCUUCAUCUUUGGCAGCAUCGCCGUUGCCCACAUCCGCUUCCGCCGCGCAUGGAAGCUGCAGGGCCACAGCAUCGAGGACCUCCCCUUCAGGGCUGCGGCCGGUGUUUGGGGCUCGUACGUCUGCGCUGUUAUGAACUUUAUCUGUCUGGCGGCCCAGUUCUACGUCGCCCUCUACCCUGUGGGCGGGCCCAACCUCAACGCGACGACCUUCUUCCAGGACUACCUUGCAGGCCCCUUCCUUCUGUUCCUGUACGUCAUCUGGAAGACGUAUUCAUGGUUCAAGAUCCCGGAGCAGCGCCCGCUGUACGUCAAGAUCCGGGACAUUGACGUCUACGAGGGGAUGCGUGAGGACCAGCUUGCGAUCAUCAACGCGCCAGAAGAGGAACGGAGGCAACGGAGACUGGAGGCCGCCGCCGAGAACAAGCCCAGCGGCGUAAAGGGCUGGGCAAAGCGCAUCGUGUCUGCGGUGAUCUAA